AUGGCAUUCACCCCUUCGAGUUUGCCCCGCAUACGGGCAUGUCUCUUCGACAUGGACGGACUCCUGAUCGACUCGGAGGACAUCUACACUGAGAUCACCAAUCAGAUUCUGCAAGAGAAUGGCAAAUCCUUGCUUCCAUGGUCAAUCAAAGCGCAGUUACAGGGCCGACCACAGACAGAGGCCGCUAAAAUCUUCCAUCACUGGGCUCAACUUCCCAUUACUCGCGAGGAAUAUGCCGCCAGACAGGCCACCCUUCAGACCGAAAAAUUCCCGAACUCUCAGCCUCUUCCCGGAGUGAGGACUCUCUUGUCGAAAUUGAUUUCGACUCAAACCACGGAUCAGCCUGUUCAUAUUGCUCUGGCCACGUCGUCUCAUUACCGUAACUACAAGUUGAAGACCGACCAUUUGCAGGAUCUUUUCGCGCUGUUCCCUGAAUCUCAGCGCGUACUGGGUGAUGACGAGCGAAUUGGUCAGGGAAGGGGUAAACCCUUACCAGAUAUCUACUUGCUUGCGCUGGAAACCGUCAACGCGAAUUUGCGCCAGCGUGGGGAGGUCGAGAUCAAGCCGGAAGAGUGCCUCGUGUUCGAGGACGCGGUCCCUGGUGUGGAGGCGGGUCGUAGAGCUGGGAUGAGGGUCGUCUGGUGUCCGCAUCCGGGUCUGCUGGAAGCGUAUAAGGGCCGAGAGGCGGAAGUACUGGCAGGGUUGACGGGAGAGCACAAAGAGGAGGAAAAGUCUACACCCGAAAAGGACGCGGAAGAGUUGUCCGCGGAGAGGAUGAAGGGAUCAGGUAAACCGGGUGAGCUACAUGAUGGAUGGGGUGAUUAUAUUCCUACGCUAGAGAACUUCCCUUAUGAAAGAUAUGGCAUUCAACCUGCCGGAGAUGGAGUUCUGCCCAGAUGUUAG